AUGCCCACUAUCUCAGUCGACAAGGCCGCUCUGUUCAAGGAGCUGGGCCAGGAAUACACUACGGAGGAAUUUGACGAAUUGUGUUUCGAGUUUGGCAUUGAACUCGAUGAAGAUACUACAAACUCGGACCGACCAAUUGUGGACGGAAAGCAGGAACCGCCGCAGUUGAAGAUCGAAGUCCCCGCCAAUCGAUAUGAUUUGCUAUGCUUUGAGGGCAUUGCGCUCUCGCUCAACAUCUUCUUGGGCCGCAAACCUUUGCCUGAGUAUAAGCUGGCUGAACUCUCGAACGGGGAACUGCAAUCGAUCAUUGUCAAGGAAGAUACCACGAAGAUCAGACCCUAUGUGUCCGGCGCCAUUCUUCGGAAUGUCAAGUUCGACCAGGCUCGCUACGAGUCCUUUAUUUCCCUUCAAGACAAGCUCCACCAAAACCUGGCACGGCAACGAACCCUCGUAUCCAUUGGUACCCAUGACCUGGACGCUGUUCAGGGUCCUUUCACCUACGAGGCUCUGCCUCCCAAGGACAUCAAGUUUGUUCCGUUGAACCAGACCCAGGAGAUGGAUGGUGAGGAGUUGAUGACUUUCUACGAGAAACACCAACAACUAGGCAAGUACCUGCAUAUCAUUCGCGACUCUCCGGUUUACCCGGUCAUCUACGACUCAAACCGAACCGUCUGCUCCCUGCCUCCCAUUAUCAACGGUGACCGCUCGAAAAUCUCUCUGAACACUACCAAUGUCUUGAUUGAAAUCACGGCCCUCGACAAGACCAAGCUCGAGAUUGUGAACCGGAUGAUGGUCACCAUGUUCUCCCAGUACACUGCGGAGCCAUUCACCAUCGAGCCGGUCAAGAUUGUGUCGGACCACAACAAUCAGACGAGAAUUACCCCUGACAUCGCUCCCCGGGCCACACAGGCCGAGGUUUCCUACAUUAACCAGUGCUGUGGCUUAAACUUAACACCUGUUGAAAUCUGCAAUCUGCUGAGGAAGAUGGCUUAUCACGCGAAGCCCACGACUAACGCCCCGAAUCUCAUAAACUUGGAGAUCCCUCCGACUCGUGCGGAUAUUCUUCACCAGUGCGAUAUCAUGGAGGAUGUGGCUAUCGCUCACGGCUUCAACGCCCUCCCGCGCUCGUUCCCCAGCAAAUCUGGCACAAUUGCUCAACCCCUCCCCAUCAACAAGCUCUCCGACAUCGUGCGCGUGGAAGCUGCCAUGGCCGGCUGGUCGGAAGUGUUGCCGCUGAUUCUGUGCUCGCACGACGAGAACUUCUCCUGGCUGAACCGCAAGGACGACGGCAACACUGCUGUCAAGCUGGCUAACCCGAAGACUAUGGAGUUCCAGGUUGUUCGCACAAGCCUUCUCCCCGGUCUUCUGAAGACCAUUCGUGAGAACAAGAGCCACAGCGUUCCCAUGAAGAUCUUCGAGGUCAGCGAUGUUGCUUUCAAGGACCUCUCCUUGGAGCGCAAGAGCCGCAACGAGAGACACUUUGCUGCUGCAUGGUACGGCAAGACCAGCGGCUUCGAGGUUGUGCACGGCCUCCUGGACCGUGUUUUGGCCAUGCUCAAGAGCGCUUUCAUCACCGGCGAGGAGGGUCUUGAGAAUUCGGCCGUGGGCGAUUCGCAGUACUAUAUCAAAGAGCUGGAUGACCCGACCUACUUCCCCGGCCACUCCGCCUCCAUUCACCUCCGUAUCGGUGGCAGGGACCACGUCGUCGGCGCUUUCGGCAUCUUGCACCCCACUGUGCUGGAAAAGUACGAGCUGAGGUACCCCGUCAGCACGCUGGAGAUCAACAUCGAGGCUUUCCUGUAA